AGUGUUGAGUCUGCGCAUGCCCGGGAUUGAUUCCUCAGUUCAUGUCGGCCAUUUGUGUGGAGAGGUGGAUGCGGCUCCACGUUCCUACAUUUUCUCCUUUUUGUGGCCUAAUGUGUCAAGAUCCAUUGCUUAUAAGGGAAAAACUGUUCCAAGGAAUAGAUAAGGAUUACAAUGUUGUUGACAUGGGCAUUGUUAGCGAGGUCAUCGGCGAGCUUGAGAGUUUUCACAUUACAAAAGAAGCCUUGGAGGCUACGAGAUUGGGAAAGCAUAUAAACGAGUUGAGAAGAAAAUCCUCUGACAGAUUACUCGCAAACAGAGCUAAAAGUCUUGUCAAAAAAUGGCGGGCUUUGCUCUCUGGACCGGAAACGGGUCCCCCGCCGGGUGGCGGUAAUAAUAAUAAUAGCCUGGCGGCCACGAACGGCAACACCGCCUCCAGGCUCAAUGCGGCGGUUGCCUUGUCCCCCGGUCUCCCCCGGAGUAAUAUAUCUCCUGGUCUCCCGAUGAGAAACAAUAUCUCUCCUGGUCUCCCUAUGAGAAACAAUAUCUCUCCUGGUCUCCCGAUGAGAAAUAAUAUCUCUCCUGGUCUCCCUAGGAAUAAUUUAUCUCCGGGAAUGAGGAAUAACCUAUCCCCGGGAAUGCGACCUUGUAUGACUCCAGGUAUACCUCAGAGACAGGGGAGCAUCCCAAACUCUCUCUCCGGGGGGUUUAGAUCCGCCCGGGCUUCACCAUCCGUUAGCAGAUCGGCCACGCCUCGUGUGUCUCCAGCCACAGUGACGAUUUCUAGCUCUGGAUCAAGUCCCAGCAACUCUCGACCUUCUUCCCCACAUACCUUCAGACCAAUUAAUCCUCCUGGGCCUAGCUUACCUAAUUCAAGGUCUCCAUCUCCGGAUAUUGAGAUUAUCGACGAGGUGGUGAAAACCCCCCGUGUUCUCACCAAUCACAAACGAAUGCGACGCGAAGACAGUGACGUCCGGUUGGACAACAAACGUCCCAAAUUGGAUUUCGGUCAUCAAACACAAAACCUAAACGGAAUCGACGGAAUUGCUCGUGAUGGAGUAAUCUCCUCUAGUGAUAGAAUCAGUCUCGCAAACCGUCCUAAGAAGCAUGUAUCCCGGCCUGGGAGUGAGAAUAAGAACAUGCUCAAGAAACAGAUCACAAUGGCCAAGCAGGGCAAGGUUAAGACCACGCAGGAGCUUUUGGAAAAUCUAGGAAUUGAGUCUCGUCACGUGGUUAGUCCGCCCGUACCUCAUAACAUGAACAAUCUAGUCCCCAACGAGAACAAGGAAGAGUUGAUGAACAGGUUCUUCGAGUCUCAGCUUGUCAAUGUCGAAGACGAGGACGAAGACGCUGUUCAAGUCAUUUCCCGUCCUCCGACCGCCGCUGGUACUCUUCCGUCUUCUGUCAGCAAUUCAGCGGUUUCAAGCCGGGUUCAGACACCCGCGGCGAUUCCUCCACUUCAGAGUAUAGAGGAUGUCUUGGCACAACUCCCGCCGAUUGACCCAAUCGCCGUUUUGGCGGAAUGGGAGGCUCGGAUGGAAGAUGAGGAGGAAAUUGAGGGGUUGAUCCCCGUCUUUAAGCCGAAGCUGGAGAUAACUGAGAAGGUUAUUCAAGAUCUCAACGAAGGGCAAUUAGAAUAUAUCGGAGGAGUGACAGAUCACGCCGGAACGUUCAGAGAGUGGCAUGAGAUGGCCUCCAAGGAGACAUUAAACGGAGAGAUACUACAUGUUCUGCCUUACAGUCUUAUUGACUGAAACAUUUAUCGAAAAUAAGAAUCAUUCAUUCA